CACUUCCGUCCAGUGACGUAGUUCCGCUUUGCUGGGCGCGCGGUGGACGGUCUCAGACGUAGAGCUCUCGCUGGGGCUUGGCGGCGCCGGAGCCUGGCAUGGCUUCCUCACGGGCCUCCUCCACGGCAACCAAAACGAAGGCUCCAGAUGACUUAGUCGCUCCUCUAGUGAAGAAGCCGCAUAUCUAUUAUGGAAGUUUGGAAGAAAAGGAGAGGGAGCGUCUGGCCAGAGGAGAGUCUGGGAUUUUAGGAAAAGAAGGACUUAAAGCAGGAAUUGAAGCCGGAAAUAUUAACAUAACCUCUGGAGAAGUAUUUGAAAUUGAAGAGCACAUCAGUGAGCGACAGGCCGAAGUACUUGCAGAGUUUGAGAGGAGGAAGCGAGCGCGGCAAAUCAAUGUUUCCACAGACGACUCAGAGGUCAAGGCUUGCCUCAGAGCCUUGGGGGAGCCCAUCACACUUUUUGGAGAGGGUCCUGCCGAAAGAAGAGAAAGAUUAAGAAAUAUCCUCUCAGUGGUUGGUACUGAUGCCUUAAAAAAGACGAAAAAAGAUGAUGAGAGAUCUAAGAAGUCCAAGGAAGAGUAUCAUCAAACAUGGUACCAUGAAGGACCGCACAGUCUAAAGGUUGCUAGACUAUGGAUUGCUAAUUAUUCACUACCCAGGGCAAUGAAACGCUUGGAGGAAGCCCGUCUUCACAAAGAGAUUCCUGAGACAACGAGGACCUCCCAGGUGCAAGAGCUGCACAAAUCUCUCCGGUCUUUGAAUAAUUUCUGCAGUCAGAUUGGAGAUGACCGACCUAUCUCCUACUGCCACUUCAGUCCCAACUCCAAAAUGCUGGCCACGGCUUGUUGGAGUGGGCUUUGCAAGCUCUGGUCUGUUCCUGAUUGCAACCUCCUUCACACUCUGCGAGGCCAUAACACAAACGUAGGAGCAAUUGUCUUCCAUCCCAAAUCCACUGUCUCCUUGGACCGAAAAGAUGUCAACCUGGCCUCGUGUGCUGCUGAUGGUUCUGUGAAGCUUUGGAGCCUUGACAGUGAUGAGCCGGUGGCAGACAUCGAAGGCCAUACAGUGCGUGUAGCCCGUGUGAUGUGGCACCCGUCGGGGCGUUUCUUGGGUACCACCUGCUAUGACCGCUCGUGGCGCUUAUGGGAUUUGGAGGCCCAGGAGGAGAUCCUGCAUCAGGAAGGCCACAGCAUGGGUGUGUAUGACAUCACCUUCCAUCGAGAUGGCUCUUUGGCUGGCACUGGGGGACUGGAUGCAUUUGGUCGAAUUUGGGACCUGCGCACAGGACGUUGUAUCAUGUUCCUAGAAGGCCACUUGAAGGAAAUCUAUGGAAUACAUUUCUCCCCCAAUGGCUACCACGUCGCCACUGGGAGUGGCGACAACACAUGCAAAGUGUGGGACCUUCGACAGCGGCGCUGUGUCUACACCAUCCCCGCCCACCAGAACUUAGUGACGGGCGUCAAGUUUGAGCCUAUCGGCGGGCACUACUUGCUCACUGGUGCCUAUGAUAACACAGCGAAGAUCUGGACCCACCCGGGCUGGUCCCCACUCAAGACUCUUGCUGGCCAUGAAGGCAAAGUGAUGGGCCUAGACAUUUCUUCUGAUGGGCAGCUAAUAGCCACUUGCUCAUACGAUAGGACCUUCAAGCUCUGGAUGGCUGAAUAGGCAGGACCAUUGACAAUGAACUAUUCUUGAGCGCUCCCUUAAGAGGCAUUUUUUAAAAAAAGGAAUUGAAAUGCUUUUGUUCUAUCAUGUUUUUGCCAAUUGUAUAGACCUUCAGUAGAAUUGGAUUCCCAUGUCAGCCCCCACUCCGGGAAGGCAGCCCUGUCCCUGAGUGUUGGGGAACCCUUUUCAUGGUUGGAAUUUAAAUACCCAUCUUCAAGCCCUGCCACAACUGUGUGGAUAUUGUUUUACUACCCUAUUGCCUCUCUCACAGCCCUCAGGAUUGUGGCUGAUUGUACUUUUAAAUCCUUGAAAUUUAUUUACAUGGUAGAUGUUCUGGAUUACAUGUCAGCCACAGGGCAAGGCAGCUGGACUAUAGCCUGCAGGCCCUCAAGGAAAGAGGCACAUCUCAUCCCACACUGGCUCAACAAUACCUGAGAGCGAGAACUUUCCUUUUGAUAAUGGGAGGUGAAGCAGUAGACCACAGCUGUGCUCGGGAUUAUGCGGUAAAGAAGAUUUUACCUCUCUCUGUUGUGUUCACUUGGGAUGUUCAUGACCAUCCGGAAGCUCAGAACUGAACAUUCACCCUGUCAGAAAAUGUCUUCCAUUUUGCUUUGAAGUUUGACAUCAUUGGUGUUUACCCCAGAGCUAGGCUGUAUGUCAAGUUUCAAUGAAAUUUUUAGAAAGCAAACAUCUAUGUACAAUCUCCUUUCUGGUGUUUUUUUAAAGAACUUACUCUUGAGGUUGCAGUGACUCCAAAAUAUCACUAUGUGGUACACCUGAACAUCAACUUUUUUUUCUUUUAUUACACACUAGCUACAGAGUAAAAACCCUGUUAUAAAAACCAUCCUUGAAAAGGUUAUAUUAUAUACUUAAGAAUUCUCUGAAUCUAGCCAUUGAGCCAGAGAGGUUCGUUUUUGGUUUGAGAUAAAACAGAUGAUCUCACACAUGACUCAACGCCAAUUUCCAUGUCCUUAGUGAGCACUCUGUUCAUUUCUUUAAAAAACCAAAAGCCUGCUGCACUGUAGGCCCAAGUGCCCAUGACUGGAAUGAACCAUGUCACUGUUGCUGGCAGCCAGGCAGCAGUGACCCAAAUGUGUAACCACUGCAGUGUCCAAGUACCCAGUAAAUGCACCCACAAGUAACAGGAAUUGAAGACAGGAUUUGGAGAAUUCAGGGAAGGCUCAGAUACGGCUUCGCCUCAAAUGUUUAAAACACUUCACUGUCCACAAGGGCCAGAGUGGCUUUGUCCAGCUCUAUGCUGCAAACUUUUAAGAACGUGUGAUGCAUCGUUUAACGCUGUGUAAUCUGAUUUCAGUCACAGCCAAGUAGUUGUAUAUCCUGUGUAUUUGCUAAAGCUUCUGAAUUCUUCACUCAGUCCCCUGUUGGGCAUUUCCCUGUUUAGAUAUUUAUAGAUUUUAUUUCCUCAACCGUUGGCUGUGAAAAGAGAUGUUGUUUUCACUACACCUUAUAUGUAUGUAAAACAGUAAUAAACAUUAGCAUAGUAGCACACAACCAGGGUAGUGUGCUCACAAUGCUUCCAUUUUUCAAGUUUAAAUUUUUUUUUUUUUUAACAUCUAAGCUAAGAACAAGUGUCUUGUAGAAUAUGCACUAGAAUUGUUGAGAUGGCAGCUAAGGAACAUAACUCAAGUGUCACUCAGAUUAUGGUGAGGUGAAGUCCCAGCCACGGAGCAGGGCUCAUCUCUCCCUGGACACUGCAGGCCCAUCCAGGUGUUUUGGCUAGACUCAAUUGCAGGAGUUAAAUGAUUAGCUCCCCUUGGAGCUAAAAUUGAAACUGGAACAAGUUAAGUAACUUACUCAAGGUUACGAGUUAGUGGAGAGGCUGGGCUGUGACCUGUCAAGAGGUUUCCUAGGCCUUUACUGAGUGUGUCGGCAACACUGGCCACAAAGACCGUGCAGCCUGUGGUGUGUCCUGGCACAGCCUGCUCUGCUGACAGCCCACCUUACACCGCCCUCUCGGUGAGUCGCUGCAACUCUGACUUCACGCCCAAGGGAGCUGAUUUCACUGCUUCUCUCGUGAAUUUAGGAAUCUAGUGCUUUCCAGCAGGAAGCUUGCUGCAUUUCAGGAUUGGUGGUAUUUUUGUGUGGAGCUACCCGAAGCACUGCAGCAUGUCUGUGCCAUUCCUGACAUCUGCGUUAUGACGGCUGACGUAACGGCCAGCCCACCCUCUCUCUGGACCACUAAAAUCUGUUUCACCCAUUUCCAAAUGCCCCUCCAGGAGGAUGUCACUGCCCCAAAGCUGGAACCACUGAAUAUGGACAUGGAAGGCAGGCACUGUAGUGUUCAGUGGGGCCUUCCCGCUCCAAAAGGGCAAACUCUUGUCUUCCUCAGACGGUGUAUUAGCCACUCAAAGGGUGAAAGCCCCCUUUUGGCGCAAGAUCACCACUUAACUAGGUGAAUGACCUGAACAAAAUAAACUUUUGUUGGAGCCCUAAUUUCUCCUACGAAAUGGGAAUGGGAGUGCACCCAGAAGUCCCUAGUGGACAGGCAAAUCGUCCUAAGCUUUCCCCAGCUCUUCCUCAGCCCCCAUCCUAAGGAGCUGUAGCUGGCCCUCUGGGCUCUGAGCACAUAGUGAGAUCAUUGCCUAACUUAGCUGCCACAUGUUAAGAAGAUGUGAAGUCAGUGGAGAGAAGUUGAAUCCCAGCUUCAGUGUAAUUAUCUUCGCUGGCGCAAAUGGAGAGGUAGGUGCUGGUCCCCUGAGGGAUGACUAGGCGGCUUUCCGAUUGUGUAAUGGAGAAUGUUUCCCUUCACGUUGGAGCUUAAGACUUUGAUUUUACUAAACAUGAAGUAUGUGUCUUGGCUAGUUGGAAUUUCUUGUACUUUAAGGUCUCUCAGGGAAAUUUGUGGAAGCUGCUUCCAUUGACCUCACAAAAUGUUAUUUAGAGCAAAUAA